AUGGGCUUAGACUCUGGUACUGAGGCCGAAUGCGAUUUACGUAUAAGUUCAGAUCUAUUUAGCCAUAGUAAUCUGGUUAGCUCUCAUGAGGAUUUAGCUUUUGUCUGUGCGUGCGCCUCAAGUGUGGAUGGUAGCGAUCGCGAACCAGAAUCCGAGGAAUUUCAGCCCUAUGUCACUGCUUCUCAGCCUAGCCAACCCAUGUUUCGCAGCGCGCUUGAGUGUAUGCUAGAUAAGUCCACGUUGUCUGCGGGAGAUAACUUGAACAAUAUCUCUACGUGUCUUUUCAGCGAUAUUCUACGUGGCGCGGGGAUCGCUGAGAUCAGUGGCUCCAGCGGUAGUGGUAAGACGUCUUUCUGCCUUUCUUUUGUGAACAGCGCUUCUGGUGUGACGCUGUACGUGGACACAUCUGGGUCGGUGUGUCUGUCCCGUGUGUUUGAUACUAGCCGUUUCCUUUACUUGCGCGUAUUCAACAGCGAGGAAUUGGACCUAGUUGUGUCCGACUUUGCUCAUAGGUUAUCGGAGGAUAGCUACCUGCCGUGUUUCAGCGACCUGCGAGCACAGUCGGUCACCACGUUGGUCAUUGAUUCAUUGUGGCCUUUAUGCUUCCUGGACCCUUUACAGCUCCGCAAGUACUUGAUUGGGCUAUAUUCUACCUUGCGUGAAAUUUCGUGGCGGCACUGCAUAGGAGUAUUGGUUUGCAACAAUGAGUCCACUGCUGACGCCAGGCCUUCUGAUUCAGACAAAAGCAUGAAUGCGGGUUCAUUAACGGAACAAUUGCGCUCUCGCUGCUAUUUACAUAUCUCACUGGAGCAGCACGUUUGUUCAGAUAAGAGUGACGGGAGCACUUUAGGUGAAAGUUGUUCGGGCGGUGCUUCUCUUUUACUGGACGGCGUUUCCACUUCUGAUCGUGUCGUACGUCGUGUAAUGAAUAUCACCAACGGAAGCGAUAGCACCUCACGUUCUGUGGACUUUUGCAUCACGAAAUACGGCAUAGCUAGUUACGCCUAA